AUGUCGCGCUCGGUAAAGGAAAUCCUGGACGGCGUUCAGUCGACCACGGGAAGAGAGUUGUUGGAUGCUGUUCGAUAUGAGACGUUCCCACCCGGACCUACCUUCGUUCACAAGCUCGAUGUCUACCUCGACUCCAUCCGCAACCAGCCAAAUGCCGCUGAAUCGAUACCUCAACCACCCGAAGAAGAGGAACCUCAGCUCCAUGGCUCAUCUCUUCAGCGAGGAGAUCUCGUCGAGGUUCAAGGCCCUUCGGGAAGCGGAAAGACGUCGCUGGCAAUGUUCUUGACCAUGAUCACCAUCCUGCCCGAGACGUACGAGACCGGGCAUACGAGAGGAGAGAUAGGAGGAAAGAUCAGGGUAGAAAUUGGGGGGAAGGGUCAACGGGCGGCCUUGUUGGCGUAUGGUGGUAGCGGUUUGGUGCGGACGCUCAGGACGCUCGAAGUCGGGAUCAGGGCGCACCUCGACAAGUGUUUCGCCGCGGCAGGGAUGAAGUCGACGCAAGGUCAAGAAAGGGAACAAACGGUUCUAACCAUCACGCGCGAUGCUAUGGCAAGACUCGCCGUCUUCAAGAUCCCUCCAGCCGCCGAGGGGCUCGAGCUGACGUCGACGUCGUCGCCUUGGUCAGGCCUAUGUACGGCUCUCGAAUACCUCAUGUUCUACGCCAAUAAACGAGCGGAAGGCGAAAUCUCGCUCGUCGUCAUUGACGGAGUCGGCGAUCCCUACUGGCAAGCGAGGUGGUACAAGGAGCAACGGAGGACGACGUCUAAAUCGUUUCAUCCCGCAACGCUCGGCGGCGGGAUCAUCAGCUCGUCCGACCUCGGUAUGGACAACGUCAUGGAGAACCUGACGAGGUUGAGAAAAGACCUCGGAUGCGUCGUUGUUGUGACCAAUCAGAGCCUCUGGAAGCCCAACCACCCUCAAACGGGUAAACCCGAUCCAGCCUCUUCCUUUUGGGCUCAACACCUGCCCGCACCCUACCCGUCUCCCUUCCAGUCCCGUUCGGAACAAAACCCAGAUGGUGCCAACCCUGUCCUCAGGUCCAGCUCGACGCGUUACUGGCCGCUGAACGUACACAUCACCUUGUCCGCCCCGAACACCUCGUUGCGCCAGUUUCGACCGGACAUUACGCUCGCAGAAACGUGGAAACAGGGUGGGGAGGGGUAUAAGCGAGAGAUGGCGAGAAGGGAAGCUUGUUGGACAGGGUUGGUGAGGUGUUCGGGAGGAGCAAAGAGGUCGCCCGCCGGCGAGGUAGAGCGGUAUGGGGAAUUUGAAAUGUCGAUCGGGGAGGAUGGGAUAGUAGGGUUUGAUAGCGCAUGA